AAAACCACCAAACCUGUUGUUGCAGAUGUUGUUAUAUCCCCUGUCAUGUUUUAUCAUUGUGACGAUCCCUUGACAUUUAGCAUUGGGAUUGUUAGUGUGUUAUUAAUCGCCCUAAAGAGACUCGCCAACUCUUUAGAUGUCUAAGUCGAGGAUUACCAUGGAAUUGACUACAUACAGGUGCUCGCUCCGGAUUUUGGUUGUCGUGAUAUUUUGCAGCAUCCCAAAGGUCUGGGGUCACGGUUAUCUCGUAGAGCCUCCCCAACGGUCCUCGCUUUGGAGACAUGGAUUCGGAGGACCGGAAAACUAUGACGAUAACGGAUUGAAUUGUGGUGGGUUUGAGCGACAAUGGAAUCAGAAUGGAGGAAAAUGUGGUAUUUGUGGUGAUGCCUACGAUCUUCCGCCACCCCGUCCUAAUGAGGAUGGUGGGACCUUUGGAAAAGGGAUCAUAAUUAGAACGUAUCGUUCGGGUGACGUCAUCGACGCUGUUGUCAAUCUGACAUCCAAUCAUCUUGGCUGGAUCGAGUUCAGGCUCUGUCCUCAUGGCAACGAUAACCCGUAUGUUACACAACAUUGCCUCGAUACCAAUUUACUACAGAUAUUGCACAGUGACAAAGGCAGCAAAAGAACGAAAAGGUUUUACGUAGGAAGGGAGAAACUGCUGAAUUUAAAGGUCAAAUUACCAUAUGACCUUCACUGCAAAAAAUGCGUCCUUCAGUGGAAAUACAACGCAGGUAACAGCUGGGGUUGUGACAAGAGCGGAUGUGGUCUUGGGGUUGGUCCACAAGAACAAUUCUACAACUGUGCUGACAUCAGCAUCCUCAGGCCUGUAACGAUCAUACAGAGAGAUUCGUCUGAAGAAUCGAAAGAAGACUCCAAAAACAGUGACAACAAAAGGUCAAGAGAGGAUGAGAAUGACAGUUCGGAUGACGAUAAUGUGAUUGCAAAAUAUGACAUAAAAGGAGGAAGAGGAAAUUACAUUAAUGCGGUGACGGAGAAAACCAAACACGUCCACUGUCGACCCACCCAGCGUUGGCGGACAGUUCCGGGAAUGGUCAUGUGGUGUUUUCAAAAUUGUCCAAAAUGUCCUAAAUCACACUGUAUAUGCAAAUAAAAAUAAUCAAUUCUAAUAAUAA